AUGGAGGCCAAUUACGUCAUCUCACGUGAUCAGGCCCGGCCAAUCAGACGAUGUUUGACAAACAGCAAUGUUAAAAUACGUAGUAAUAACGAGUCGAGAACGCUGAUGACAAUUGCUGGCAUCAAUAAUUUAUUGAUUCGCCAUUGGGACAGCAUUGAAAGGGCUGUAAAAUAUUUAAUAAACGACGAAGACAUGCUGGGCAAUGUCUUUAACGUUGACGACAACGAUGCUUACGAUGACGAUCAAAUUGAUGGUAAUUAUGGUGAAGGACAAGAUGAGGGUAAUGUUGGUGAAGAAAAUAGUGAUGUUGCUGCUGCUGAAUGUGAAGAUGAUAAAGAUGAUGAAAAUGAAGAAGAUGAUGAAGAUGGACGAUUCUUUUCAUCUUACGGAGUCGCUGGCGAAAAUUAUAACGUUGGAGCUGAUGAUGACGAUGAUGAAGGAGAAGAAGCUGCUGAUAAAGAGGGUGAUGACGUAGAAGAAGAUGACAGGAAGAAGAUUUUGAUAACGAUGAUGGAAAGAGCGGUUAUGGAGGCCAUUCAAAAUGUCAUCUGGAGUAUUAACGUUAAAUACAAACAGCAAAGCAAAAGAUUUUUAACUCCAAAGAAACGUCAUCACCGAACAAAUAAGCAACACAUCCCUACAAAGACACCAACCGGAAAUCAACAACGUCAUAGAUUGCGUCAUCAACAUCAUCACGUGAUCCAAGAUUACUUCCGCUACUUCAGCUAUGCUUCCGAAGUCGACGAACGUUUUGUCGCUGAUCAUGAUGAUGAUGUCGGUAGCCGAAUCGCUUCAAUCCAAAAUGACAUCGCCGAUUAUGUGAAUGAUGAUUACGGUGAAUCCACUCAGAACAUCAGCGAAAACUACGACUAUGAUGAUCAUGAUGGCAAAAAAAUUGGAUUAAAUUGA